AUGUUGUUCAGCCCUCGUUUGUUACUUGGAGUUGAUGCAAGAUCGUUAAUUAUCCUUGAGCUAAGGCAGGCUGGCAGAUGUUAUUACAGUUGCUAUUGGGGACAAAGCGAAAGGUGGGAAGAGGAGCAGUACCUCCGAGCGGGUAACUGCUAUGCGGGAAGGAACUGUUACAAGGCCGAAGGAUCGAUCGCACCGCCUCAGCCUAACAUGGCGCCGAUCGCCAGCAUCGAGUUCAUGGAGGAGCUGUCCGAGACCGGAGGGUCCAGCAGGCAGCUCACCCCGGGCCUCCGCUACCGCAACCUCGGCAAGUCCGGCCUCAGGGUCUCCAACAUCGGCCUCGGUGAGUCCUCCAACCGUGCUUGGGCAACCUUUGGUGGAGGCGUUACAGAAUCUGAAGCUGAGGCUAUUGUCGAAGCAGCUUAUUAUGCUGGUAUCAAUCUAUUUGACCUUAGCGAAGCCCAUUCUGGUCCUCGAGCUGAGAUAGAGUUAGGACAAAUACUGAAAAGGAAAGCAUGGAAGCGUACCUCCUAUGUUGUAACUACUAAAAUAUACUUCAAUUCAAAGUCUGAAGAAAGAGGCCUUUCCCGAAAACAUAUUAUAGAAAGUGUAAAGGCCUCCUUGCAGAGGUUGCAGCUUGAUUAUAUUGAUGUUGUGAUCUUACACAAAUGUGAUCCUAUGUGCCCCACAGAAGAGACUGUAAGGGCAAUGAACCAUGUGAUAAGCCAAGGCUGGGCUAUGUACUGGGGUACAGCUAAAUGGACACCUGUAGAAAUAAUGGAAGCAUAUUCCAAUUGUCGUCAAUUCAAUUGUAUAACACCAAUAAUUGAGCAAGCUGAAUACCAUAUGUUCUGCCGUGAAAAGGCUGAGCUUUACAUGGCUGAACUUUAUAACAAAAUAGGUGUAGGACUUGUAGCAUGGUCUCCUAUCAGUAUGGGCCUUGUCAGUACUAAAAGUAGCACUGAAGAACCAUCAGCUCAAAUUCUUUCUCGAUCUGCUCUGAAGGGUUGCUGUGGCAAAGAAAAAUCAAAUUUAGGGCAGGCAGAAAGACUCCGCCUUGUUGAAGCCAUAGCUGAGAGACUUGGUUGCUCACUCACUCAACUUAGUAUAGCAUGGGCAUCAAAAAACGACUCAGUCCAGUGCCUAUUACUAGGAGCAACUGCAGUACAGCAUCUCUACCACUGUAUACAUAGUCUUCAGGCAGCAGUCCCGCCGGGGAGCGGGACUGCUCAGUUACUUCCAGAAUCACCUAAGGCCCAAGAAGAGGCUCAGGAAAAACACCAAAAACUACCAUUCUGCACAAUACAGUGA